AUGACCAUUGCUGGUGCAACGUUCCGGCGAUGUGUGCGAUAUCGCUUUUUGGAUUCAGCGAAGAAGAAGCUUGCAUAUGACGUCUUAACAUUUUCUGCAACAAAGAUCGCUUUGGGAUACACGACGUACGCUUUCGUGACGAUGAACCUGAAUCCUGCCUUUUUUGUUUAUAAACGUGUCUACUUCGUGGUGCACAUCGUCGCAUUCGCGAUUGUUUUUAUACUUCCACAUUUCUGCCCUCCAAAACCACCAGGUGACAAAUCGUCGCCUCGAGGAACCGACAACACUGUACUUCAGCCAUUUGAAGAGAAAAAGGUUAUCUAA